AUGGGCACCGACGCGUUCCUCCGGCAGCAGGAGCCAUGGUUCGUCUCACUGGGCAUCCUCGGCGCCCUCUACGUCGCCGUGGUCGCGUACCGCCUCUUCCACAUCUCCGGCCUCGCGCUCUGCCUGCGCCAGCCCAAGGACCUCCGCCGCCGCUACGGGGCGUGGGCCGUCGUGACCGGCCCGACGUCCGGCAUCGGCCGCUCGAUGGCGCUGGAGCUCGCGCGGCGCGGCCUCAACCUCGUGCUAGUCGGCCGCGACCCCGCCAUGCUCCAGGACAUCUCCGAGACCGUCUCCCGAACGCACGGCGUGCUGGCCAAGACCGUGCAGUUCGACUUCUCCCUCGUCUCCACUCCUCGAGGGGAUGAGGCGAUGAGGCGGCUCCGGGAGGCGGUGGCAGGGCUGGACGUCGGACUCCUGGUGAACAACGCCGGGGUGGCGAAGCCGGGCGUGGUGUACCUGCACGAGGUCGACGCGGAGGCGUGGGUGAGCAUGAUACGGGUGAACCUGUGGGCCUUGACGGAGGUGACGGCGGCCGUGCUGCCCGGGAUGGUGGACCGGGGGAGGGGCGCCGUCGUCAACAUCGGCUCCGGCUGCACGGUGGCGCUACCCUCCGUACCGUUCUACUCCAUCUACGCCGCCACCAAACGGUACGUUGCUCAGUUCUCCAGGAGCCUUUACGUUGAGUACAGAGGCAAAGGCAUCGAUGUGCAGUGUCAGGUCCCACUAUUUGUGGACACGAAGAUGAUGGCGAAGAUGAUGACGUGGGGAGGCCUCAUGUCACAGUUGAUCACGCCGACACCAGACUCGUACGCCCAUGCGGCGGCACGCUGGAUCGGGCAUGGUCUCCCUGUCUGCAUUCCCAACCCGGGCCAUAGGCUGCAGAUGUGCUUGUACCAACUAUUGCCCGACAGCAUCCGUGUUGGGGCUUGCCUCCACGAGUCCCUCCAUCAGCGGGCCCUGAAUCUGACCAAGGGCACCGUCGCACAGCGUUAA